UCGUAGGCGUUACCGGUUCAUUGCUUAUCGGCAACUUGUUGGUUGGUGUUGGGGAUGGCUUUGGUCGGAAAAUGAGGGUAGUACUAUCAAGCUGCGCUGUAAACCAAAUCAGGACAAGUUUCCCUUCUGCUAACUAUGCUGGAUUUAAAUAUCCACAAGUGUCAAAUUCAACAAUAUAAAUAUAAACUGUCAUACGAACAUGAAAAAUGAUAGCAAAUGUAUACUUUAAUGGUCAGGGGUGAUGAAUCUGCUUUGGUGCUGAGCAAUGGCAAUUGAUUUUUCUGGUUUUACAAAAUCGCUACUUAUAAUAGGCUGGUAGGUAUCAGUGAAGAUCCAGUAGAGCUUUUACCCUUAGCGCUUGUUUUUGGCAAUACUUGAGUACGCACAUUUCUUUGGCUAACUUGAACACAGGCUUGCACUGAUACAUGGUUGUAUUUAGGACUAGGUUCAUCAUCUGGUUCGACUUCAGCAGAAGCCAGUUGGAAGGUGUGAGGGUCGAGCAAUAAUUUGAUUGACAAUCUGUACUGGUUAAGCUUACAAAAUGCAAGAAUUGACAGCACCUUUAUCUCAUGCCGUUGCCUUUUCUCUACAACUCCUCUUCUUCUUCCGAUGCCACUCCCUUUGCUCUUCUCUUAUGACCAAUUUCGUGAUCUGUUUGGGGUGAUUGAUGAAAUAUUGUUGGGACAUUUUCAGGUUUCAGCGCCUUCUUUUCUUCAGGCCAAGUAAGAGCUGAGUUAAUUUCAAAGCUGUCAUCAGUAAAAUGUUCACUACAAAACGAAGGAGUGAUCAGUGGCCUUCCAUACACUGGGCUCUUGUUCAUUGAACUUGCUUUUCUCACUUUUUUUUAAUCCAGCAUCCUUGGGAAACUUAAACAAGCUUACUUUAUCACUAGGAGUGUUUGAGCACCCAGCAGUUACAAUCUGUUGACCAUAAUAGCUACAGUUGAGUUGCUAUUCCUUCUAUGACAUCACGUAGUAGCCGCGCCCACAUUCAACCACAACAGGAAGUAUGUUAGACAGGAUGCUAAUCUGCCUCACUAAACCUUCUGUAACUUCAUCAAUAAUUAAUUAAAAUAUUUCAAUCUUUAUAACAUGCAUCUGGGUCCCAAAUAGAACACAUUUAUGUAAAAAUAAAAAAGUUGAUUUUUUCGUGUCACCCUCCCUUUAACCCUUUCCCCGUUGAAGCCGUCAUAUGACGGCCACUCUAGUGGUAAUUUUCAAAAAUUUGCUGUGUACGCUGUGUUGGAGCUAUGUGGCACGCUGUAGGUACCAGCACAUGCACAUUGAGCUGCUCUUUCACGUGGUAUCUUUAAUAUGCUGCCUUGAGGUACACUUGGUACAAUAAUGUCGAAAGAAAAGUGACCGUUUGUAGUACAACCUCAGUGAGGUUCUAGAGCAGCUACACAGUGAGAAUAUCAAUGCUUAUGGCCUUAUUGAGUGAGAGGAUAGUGACUGGGAUCAUAGCUAGAUAAGAAGCUACCUCAAGCUAAAGAAUAUCGAGCCUGAAGGCCUGAGGAAGAAGCUCUUGCGAUUGAUAAACUUCUUGGAUCUGGUGAAGAAAACAUUUCCCGGGAAAAGGGCGUCUGCUGGUACGACCUCACAGAGAACUUUAUGCAGAUCUUGAUUGAACCAUGUCACCGUGAGAACAUUGAGAACACUUAUUUAGUGUCUUUAGCCACUUUGUGCCCUCAUACAAUAUUAUUUGUGUACAUAAUUGUGAAUGUUUGUAAACAAUUGCUAAUUAGUGGGGGUGGUCAGUUGCUAGGUAACGAAGAUGGUGUCAAGAUACCUCUGGGGUCUGCGCUACCUGUAGGAAAUAGUUACAAGUCAUUUCAAUGUAUGGUUCAUGAUAUAUGAAUUUUUAAAGAAAAUUGUUAUUUAUUCUGUAUUUUCUUGUUUUAAUUAAAACGGGGAAAGGGUUAAGCUCUCAAGAAAAUAAUUAUAAAGAGCAUCACCAUUCUCGUGGCAAACUGGGAAGUCGUCGUCAGUUUAGGAAAGGGCAUAAAAGAAAUCAACUUGAAGAACAGUUAGAAUCUGGCUACGAGAAAAACAAAGGCAGCAACGGACACAAGAAACGACAUUACCAGAAUAAAGUUCAUAGCAUUAAAGGUAAUGCGAACACUGUUACGCAUACACUGGAACACAAACCAACAGGAAACAAAAACAAGAAACAAGUCAAUACACCUGGAAAUCAAGUUCCAGUCGGAAAGUUGCCAAUACAAACAACUGGCAAGGAGGUCCUUACCUAAUACCAGGACUUGGAUACUCCCUGUAUAAUGCGCUUCCAUACAAUCGAUUCCCAUUCCUCCCUCCUGUGCCAGUUCUGUACCAACCACCAACACAGUGAAAGAUAACAAAUGGUCCGCCAUUAGGCACACAGAAUACUGUAACACCACCUCCUACCAAUACACCGAAUGGAGGCAACAAUAUGUACCUAGUUCAGAACACAAAACAAAUUGAAGACACUUACUCAAUGUUUGGAAACGCUCUACAUCAGCUGCAGAAUGGUCGAAAUUCGAAUUUGAAUGAUGCACAACAUGUAACCUACAUUGUACCCUACAUCAGGCAAUUGGAGCACCUCAAAGCAAUGAUCUACAAUCAACUGAACCCUCUGUCUAACCCCCUUCACCCUAAAUACCCAUACAAUAGCCCACUCGGAGAAAUAGAUACAAGAUAUGGUGAUUUACUACAAGCUCCACCACCAAUGCUACCACUUUAUAAUGCUCCGAUGAGGUACAGUACGACUCGAAUGAGCUCCUAGAUCGUCUACAAUCUCUCUUGGAUCAAUAUCAUUAUGAUACCUAUACACGUCACACUGUUUUACCAGUGAACGUACAUGUACAUGAGAGUAUCUCACACCCUUCUUUAGCAGUACAGCGACCUCAAAACAUUCCUUUCUAUUCACAUCAUAAUUUUUAUGGGAGACAACUUUGUCAUUCAUCUACAAUUAAUGUUUGCAUGACUGUAAUAACCUAUAAUUAUCCUCAGGCUUUUGGUAUAGUGAAGAUGAAUACCUAAACAAUUACACAAAAAUGACAGCUUACAGCCAUCUCAGUUCUCUGCAAUACAAAAUGGAGCUCAUUGCACGAAUGUGUGUAAUGGCAGCUCUAUUAGGUUUCGGAACAGCACAGCUCACUAACAUGGAGAAGGCAUUGGUAGUUAACAGACUUCUGAGACUGCAAGAACAACAGGACAUAAUGGGAAGAAAUUCACAGGUGGCUGAGCUGCAGAGUAGCCAUCCACAGAGCGAGGAAGAGAGUGACAAGAGUUUGAUUAAAUGGGACAACAACCUCAACCGUCCUCUGAAGGUGGACUGUGAUACUGAAAAAGGAGAAGCUUUGGUUCGAGUGAGAAGCAAGUUUAGCAAAAAGAACAAUGAUCGCCAGUACAAAUGGGACUGUUGUGGCACUAACUGAUUAUGAAUGGAGCAAAGAAGUAAACAAACGGAAUGGACCAAUCAGCUUCAUUUGCCCAAAAAAUAAGGUCAUGGCGGGAGUAAAGAGUAGGACUCACGGGUCUAAAGGUGACCGCAAGUGGAAAGUAAAAUGUUGUAAAGCUCGUGGACACAUCACAAAAAGUUGCGGAGUCUCUGAGAAGUUGAACAGUUACCAUGGGAAUAUAGACUAUAAGGCAAGCCUUGAGGGAGCUGAACCAUCUGUUCAGUGUUCGUGGGUAUUCAAAGCCUGGAAAAUCCCAAAAAUGACCGUAUGUGGCAAGUUUUCGAAUGUAACUUUGGAUCGCCAAAAUGUACCCAAGAAACUCAAAAUCUGCCUUUGAUUAAAGAUCAAAAUCCACCAAACCAUCCCCCUAAUGACCGUCACUCGUACUUGAUAUGAAGAAGCCGAGUCCUUCUCUGUCUUCAGAGCAUAAAAGUCAUACGUACACUACUUAUCCUAGCCCAAUGACGAAUGAGGGUGACUACACAAUAGAGGUCGAUCCAAUGAGGGGAGAUAGGAAAGUGAACAAAAUGACACAUGUUGUACAAAAAGACGAGAGUUUAGUCAAUCGUAAACGAAACAGGCCACCUAGAUUACUUCCAGUGCCACCAGGUACCAGUAAACAUCCAGACCUCUCUUCAAAGCAUGAGAAAAAUCUGCAACUACUUCCAUCAAGCAAUGUUGGUCACAUAAUUACGAUUAUUCCCCGUUUUGAUUCGUCUCGUCGUUUCAAUAAACAUUCACCCCUUACAGUCUACAAUACAAGCAAACUAUUCCUAAACAACCCCACGAGCGGCACAUUCACAUCUAUCCAACUAAAGGGAACACCCCUGGACUGUUCACUGUAUAUCCAAGACCUGAUAUGGGAGCACCCAAAAUUCGCUACACCGAACCCCCUAAACCUCCGCAAAGGACACACUAUCAUGUGCAACUGCCAUCAGAUAACUCAAAAACGCCAGCUGACCUGCACUAUGAUGUACCAAUACCUGGGGUGAAUAAAGGGGAAAGUGGAAUGAAGUACAGUGCACCACUAAAUAGGACGAAUGCAAAAGAGAGACAGAAGGUUCAGGAGAACUCUAUCGAAGGAUUGCUUAGGGAAUUAGCAAGAAAGGGCUCCUCCUUGCUAGAGGACUGACUGAACUGAUAUAGUAAUGACCUUAUGGCUAUAAGCAAGGUCCGUAUUGCUAGUGUACGAACAUUGCAUUUGUGCUAAUUAUUAUAAAUACCGUAUAGCGGGUUAUUUUCAUAUGGUGGAAAUUUUCGUAUAUUUCGUAUUGAAGAGUAUAAUUAUUAUACGAAAAUUAAAACUAAGAAAUUAUCCUACCGCAAUAGAUUCAACGUCACAUCCUGAGCUGUACAAAUAUUUGAAUACCAAAUGGGUACAUAUUAUUAUAGCUACUUUAUACGAAAAUUUGCACCAACAAAAAUUACCCGAUAUACGGUAAUAAACUGUAAUAUGCCAUA